UGUGACAAAAAUUAAGGUUUCCAACUGUUCAAAACUACAAAUAAAACAACGGUGGGUUUUAUCUCCGUUCUGAUUCUACGAUGAGUUCAUCAGCAAUAUUUGGACUUCGAAAGCUCCGCUAGUUACGAAUCUUCAACACCUAAUAAUUUUAUUUUGUCGAAUAAUUUGUUGUUAGCUCUUGAAAUUAAUCGAUCAAUGGAGGGAUUAGUUCGUUGUUCCGCUAAUUACGUUCCGCUGACUCCAAUCAGCUUUUUGGAGCGGUCAGCACUUGUUUAUGGCGAUCAAACCUCUGUUGUUUAUGGGAAUAUCAAGUAUACUUGGAGAGAAACUCUGAUUAGGUGCACCAAACUCGCUUCUGCAAUCACGCAAUUCGCCAUUUGUUAUGGCGAUGUUGUUGCUGCUUUGAUCCCCAACAUUCCAGCAAUGUAUGAGUUGCACUUUGCGGUCCCAAUGGCUGGAGCAGUCCUUUGUGCCUUUAAUAUCCGGCUUGACUCUGCAAUGUUGUCGGUGUUGCUAAAACAUUCAAAAGCAAAAGUCAUCUUUGUAGAUUAUCAAUUUUUAGAUGUAGUACAUGGAGCACUGCAUAUUUUGUCCAAGUCAAGCUCAAGUCUUCCUCAAAUCAUUUUAGUUCUUGAUGAACAGUCGAUUCCAGUUGGAAGUGAAAUGUCCCCUUCUAGAAACUUGGAAUAUGAGAAUCUUUUAGCGGCAGGAAACCCUGAAUUUGAGAUCCGAAGGCCAAAAGAUGAAUUAGACCCAAUUGCACUGAAUUAUACUUCAGGGACAACCUCAAGCCCAAAAGGUGUAGUUUACAGCCACAGAGGUGCAUAUUUGAACUCCUUGGCUACAGUUCUAGUGAAUGAAAUGCUUUCAAGGCCUGUCUAUCUGUGGAUUGUUCCAAUGUUUCAUUGCAAUGGUUGGUGUUUUACAUGGGGUGUAGCAGCUCAAGGUGGGACAAACAUCUGUCUGCGCAAUGUUAUUGCAAAGGAUAUAUUCAGUAGUAUUGCAGAACAUAAAGUUACCCACAUGAGUGGUGCACCAGCAGUUUUAAACAUGAUAAUAAAUUCUCCAGUUGAUGAGAAGAAGCCUCUUCCGAACAAGGUGGUAGUGGUGACAGGUGGUGCCCCACCUCCUCCACAAGUUAUCUUCAAAAUGGAAGAACUUGGGUUUGCAGUAAUACAUGGAUAUGGGCUGACUGAAACCUACGGUCCUGCAACAGUUUGUGUGUGGAAGCCAGAGUGGGAUGCUCUUCCUCCAAAUGAGAGAACAAAAAUAAAGGCCCGGCAAGGAGUACUUCAUACUGGGCUUGAGGAAGUUGAUAUCAAAGAUCCCGGUACUAUGAAAAGUGUUCCUGCUGAUGGAAAGACAAUGGGCGAGGUUAUGAUUAGAGGAAAUACCGUUAUGAAUGGAUAUUUGAGAGAUCAGAAAGCUACCGAGGAGGCUUUUAAGGAUGGAUGGUUUCACAGCGGAGACUUAGGGGUUAAAUACCCUGAUGGUUAUAUUGAGCUAAAGGACCGGUCAAAGGAUAUAAUCAUUUCUGGGGGAGAGAAUAUUAGCACAAUUGAGGUAGAAUCUGUAAUAUUUAGUCAUCCGGCUGUCCUAGAUGCUGCUGUUGUGGGACGUCCUGAUGAUCACUGGGGGGAAACACCCUGUGCGUUCAUAAAGCUGAAGGAUGGGUGUGUAAAUGUCACUGAUGCAGAUAUAAUUAAUUUCUGUAGAGAUCACUUACCUCAUUAUAUGGCUCCUCGCUCUGUUGUUUUUGUGGAUCUUCCGAAGACAUCUACCGGGAAGACACAGAAAUUCAUUCUCAGGGAGAAAGCGAAGGCCAUGGGAAGCCUUAUUCACAAAAAACCCAGCAAGCUUUAAGAAUGGAUAACCUAAUUGCUUACUCAACUCUUUUAGUUCUGAUGUUUUCACAGAUAGUGUUACUCUGUAAAGAAGCAGAUUCAAGAAAUAAAGAGCUCUCAUAAAUUAUCUGUCAUUGCAUUUUGGUAAGUCCUCUGAGUUUAACUGACGUCAAACUUAUCCGUUAUAUUGAAGAUACAAGUUCGUCCUCAAGUUUUACAUUGUUGAAAAAGUUUCUGCUGAUCUGUGAUUAAAAUAUUCUUUUCUUUUUCUUGGUUGAGCGGGGAUGGGUGUGAAAACUCUUUGUGAUGCAGGAUUGUGAUUGUUCAUUCGAACUGCCUAACAAAACAUUAAGAGGUGUCUUUACGAUUUGGCAUUAUUUUCUUGUACUUUUGAAUACUCCGUAUUGAUUACAUAACCAAAUUGAAGCAAAAAAAAAAAUCUGUUGGAGCAGUAAGUAAUUUGCCUUUUGGGGUUCCAAAUGUAGUAUGAAGUGUCCAUACCCACGUGGCCACAUACUUGCCCAUUAUGGGGUAUCGAAUGUUCAAUAUUUGAUAUUUGAGGUACAAUGAAGAGUCUGAGCAACAUAGGUAUAAAGUUCCUUGACCAUUUAUGGCACAAGGAGCAAUAAUCAGAGGUUGAGGAGGGUGAUCUAGAGGCUGUUGUAAGCAAGGGUGAUCUAGGUUAUUCAACUAGGUCUGAAGAAACAUGAGAUAAUGGCUCGUUUUCCAAGUAUUAUCGAUGUCCAACGAGGCAAGGAGACCUUUGCCAAAAGGGCACAUCAUGUUGUGAGUUUAUUGGUGCUAUGCCGACUUUUAAUGUCGUAAUUGAAGUAUAAAUUGGGAAGUAAUGGAGGUUUUAGUUAAUUUUUAAAAAAAGAUAGGUAAAAUGGGAGGAACUGAAGGUGAAAACGCAAUAAACGUAAGGACACAGUUGCUUUCUGCUCUAUUAUACAAGUACUAGUCUUAUAUGCACGCGAUGCGUGCGGAAUUAUAUAAAAAACGUAAAAUCGAGUGAUUGUACUUAUCUAGUAACUUUAACCUACUUAUUUAACAUGCUUUUUUCUUUACUUUCUUAACCAUAAAUAGAAACUAAAACUACCAAACAAAAUUUCAAAAGCUAAAAAGGUGCAAGCACACAAAUAGAGAAAACACAGAUAGAGGCCCUGAGACUUGCAGAAAGUAUUGUCAUGUUAAAUUCGAAAAAGUACAGAUAACACAAAUAGAGGCUCUGAGACUUCAAAAUAUUUUUUACUAUUACAUAUUUCUCCAUCAUUCUCAUCCCAUCAAAAAUGAAGGCAAAAACUUAAAUGACUAAUCAACAGCAAGUCUACUCAAAUUAAGUCUCAUCCCAAUGCUUUCAUUCAUCCCUCCAGCUCAAGGAAAGAAACAUCAAUCAACAAAGAAGGGUGCACACCGCACCCUAACAAACAAAACACUGCAUAAAAAAACAGAACAACAGUAAUGUUAAGACAACAUCAAAACACUGCAGCAGAACACAUCAGCUGUUGCUGGGAAAAAACAGAAGAAAAUUAACACUUACUGCAGCAGAACACAUCAGCUGUUGCUGGGAAAAAACAGAAGAAAAUCAACACUUGAAACAACCUGCGAACAACAGGAACAACCUAACAACAAUUGGUGAUUAAUUAAACAAACCAAAAUAAUUCAAAAAAAUACUCUGUAAUUAUCAAUUUCAUAUUAAUUAAAAUGAACAAACCCAGAAAAAUUAAAGCAAUGCCCAAAAAAAUUAAUGGUGAAAUAGUAUCAGGAUCGCACCAAGGAAUUUGAUCGCCGGCGCCGAAGAAUCAAAUAUACAGGUUAUGCACUGGUAUAAUUAAAUCUGCACAAAGUUGAAAUUAAAUCAGCUUCAAGGAUCAGUAUUCAGUGUAGAAGUUCGAAAAUUUUAGCAAUCCCGCUAAUAGCUGAGAGCCAACAAACAUUUCAAAUUAAAAUAAAUUUACAAACAAAUUGUUUAAAAAAUGAAGGAAACUAAAACCAAAAUUGGAUCAAACAACUAACCUACCUCAGAUAGAAGGCAAUUUUUCUGAAAAAGUUACUAAAACAUACAGUCUCUCUAUCAAUGUAAAAAUCAAAAAAAUCUGCGAAAGUUUACAUAAAGUCUCUCUGUAUGUCUUAUCACAUGAACCUGGUUUUGGCACAAAAGAACAAAAGGAAAACUUUUUCAGCAAAUUGUACAUUUAUAGACGAUCAUUUUCGACAAAUCACAUUUUCAAACAUUGAAAUCUGCAAGUAACCAGAAUUAAUUACUUAGAUACAGAAUCAGCUAUCCAUGCAGAUAAUUUCACAUGAAUAUAAUGAAGCAGAAAAUACACAGCAGUGCAAUAACUUUUGCUUGAAGGAUCAAAUAAGCUUACAGUUGGAAGACGUAACUAUUAACAGAGAAUGUUGUGUGGUUUUUUUCCAUUAAGUAAACAAUGAAUGUAUGCUUCAAACUUUAUAUGAACAUGUGGUAUCCUGGUUUAAGAAUUCAUGAAUAACGCGAUCUAUGGUUCUUGCAUACACCAGAUGAUGACCCCAACAACACUCUUUAAUAGCAGAGUGAGCAAUAGCAGUUCUCUAAGCAGAGUGAGCAGCACAAAGUUCUCUAAUAGCAGAGUGAGCAGCACAAAGUUCUCUAAUAGCAGAGUGAGCAGCAGCAGUUUAUGGCUAGAAAUUUGAGUAAACAUGAGAUUAGCUCACUGAAGUUCUGCAUAGGUUGAUUAGCUAAUACAUUCUCAUCCAAUUGCUAAUUAAUCAAAAAACAAAAUUAUAUGAAUCGCCGAAUAAUUACUUGUUCAAUUCCAGUAAUUAUGUCCAGGACUUAACACUAAAGUAACUCGCCAAAACACUAACAAAUACCAAAAAAAAUCAUGAGAACUCAAAACAAUCUUGUAUACAUUACAAUCAAUUUAACAUAAACCAAUUAUUAAUGAAUUAUCUAUUUAUCUCUUAUGCAUGAAGACAUAAGUUCGAUGUGUAGCUGAUAGAAAAAAGAUGGGGCCACAGAUCUAGACGAACCUAAAGGUGAUUUCCAAGAGGAAGUGAGUGGUACCAGGAUCACGCAAUACCCGUGCCGCCUUUCAAAUUUGGGCCAGCUCCCUCUUCAAAUGCAGCUUGCUCGGAUCAUACACUCUACUCCUCCCUGCCAUUUCCUUCUUCACCUCCCUUUGUGUUAAUAUUCUACACAGUUAAAUCUGCAUUAAAAACACAACCUUCACCAACAACAAAAAAAUCGAAGUACCCAGAAAAGGGAUUUGAAUUUACAUGUAGUUUAGAAACUACCCACCUCAAUCAAAAAUCAAAAAAGGUCCCCACUUUUGUUUGUUGUUAUAAAUCUGUAUAAAUCCCAAAAAUCCUCUCUUUCUAAUGAAGGAAGAACAUUGAGAAGUGAGAUAUCUAUAUGAUGGUGAAGUAAUGUGUAAGUAGACCUAUAAAGUAUAAUGUAAUAAAAUCCUAAAUUAAUUUAUAGAAGAUGCAAUAAUUUAAUUUAUAGAUGAUUGAGGAAAGAGGUACUACUGCUACUGUACUACUCCUAACUUUGUAAUAAUGACAGCAAAGCACCCAAAUUUCAAUCAUCAAUCAAUGGAGCUGGAACAAAUUAAACCCCCAAAUCUUACAAAUUUGAAAUAAAAAAUUUAAGAAAUGAAACAAAUUCAAAUCACAAAAUCUGCAAAAUUAAAAAUAAAAAAAAUCGAAUUGACAAUCUAAAUUCACAAUUCACGAAAAAAAAAAAUUUGAAAUAAUUUCGAAAAUUUUCAGAAUUGGUGAUUAAUUAACAAACUAAAAUAAUUCAAAGAAAUACUCUGUAAUUAUCAAUUAAAAUAAAUACCAAAAUCUAGCAAUAUAUUGGAGUACUAUUUAAUUUCAUCAAAGCAACUGCCAAAUCCCAUAACAAAAAAAUUCCCAAAUUGGUAAAAUUAAAUAGUAAAAUUAAAUCAAAUGAAACUCACCACGAUUUUUGAUGUUGUUAUUGUUGCUGUUGUUGUCGGAAAGUCGCCAUCUCCGCCCUCCCUCCGCCGGUCCCUGCACCACCUCCGUCGUAUAACACAUCUCCGGAAAACCCAGACGUCAUCUUUUUCUUCUUCUCACCUUCCAAUUGUUUGAAUUGAAGCCAAUGCGUUAGGAAACGGACAAAAGCAAAAUUUAUAAGGCCCCAAAUCAUAUUUCUAAAACCAAUUAGGAAUCCAAAUCAGAUUUCUAAAACCUAAUCAAAAGCAAAACCUCGUAAUGAAAAUUGCAAAAACGAAAACUAAAUAGCACUUAAAAUCCUUAGUUUUGUAAAAUCGGGAUCGCAAAAAUAGAAUCAAAGACGAAGAAACCACAAAAUUGAUGGAAAAAAAAUAAUUGAUUGUAUGAAUUACCUGAUGAUGAGAUCGAAGAUGAGAGAGAAUUGAAGAAUUGAGAUUUUUGAGUGAAGGGAGGAGAGAUCGUCAUCGCCUCCUAGUUUGGAACCCUAAUUUGCAAUUCGUACUUGUUUGCUCAGAUUUUGAAUUUCGAGGGUUUCCCUGGUGAUCGGGGAAGAAGACGGGGAGGUUUCGGAGGUGUGAGAUUGCAGAAUUACCAUGGAGUUGAGAGGUUAGAAAAAACGAUGGAGUUGGAGAGGCUAGAGAAAAGGAUGGAGUUGAGAGGAAAGAGAGGGGAUGCGUUCAAACCCAGUGAUUUUCUAGGGUUUGGAAUCAAAGUUGGGGGUUAGAUUAGGAGGAGGAGAGAGAAGAAAACGGGAGGGAGGAGAGCAGGAAGUCAGGAAGGGUUGAAUGUGAAUAUGUGGGGGUAUUAUCGUCAAUUCAAAGAUGGACACGAAAAGUUAAUUUACUUAAAUACCCUCAGGAGUUGGCUUAUAUAAUAGAGAUAUAUCAAAGAAAUUCGAAAAUCUUUAUUUUGCCAUAUUUUCUGGACAUUGGCUGUUACAAAAACAAUUUUCUAUUAUAUGUAUAAGCUAUCACUUGUUUUUUAUUGAAUCAUAUAGCUAUACUUGUCCUGAAUUAAGAGCUGGUGGAGAACUUUAACUGGAUUGACCUGAUGAUAUUAGCAUCGAGCUGAAAGGCGUUGGAAAGUAUAUCAACUGAGAUAGGUGAUUUAGAACCAAAUACAGCAUCAGCAAUUGUGACUCUUCCAGGAUUCUGGCUGCUCAAGGCAGACAUGGCAACAGCAGGAGUCUUGCCAACAUUGAGUUCAAAGUGAAUGAGGCCUUGUGGGAAAACAAAUACAUCUCCCUUGUUAAGAACCUUAGCAAAAAGCUUAUUAUUUGCACCAUUAACUGGUGGAUUAGAGGUCACAAAACCCACAUAGACGGUACCCUCCAACACGGUAAGAACUUCAGUGGCACGAGGGUGUGUGUGGGGAGCAACGACACCAUAAGGAGCAAAGUCAAGCCUAGCUAUGGAUAUUCCAAGGGUGUUGAGUCCUGGUAAUUGUGCUGUAUCUACUGGAGUAACAACUGAUCCUAGUCUGUUGUUGGUGUCACGAGGUUUGUCUAGCCCUUUGGCGAAGAAAUCUUCUGCUUUCACUUCCAUAGGAUUCUUGCAGAACAGCCCAUUUACAAACACUGUAGAUAAAUAUAAACAAAAUAUACAUUAAUUAGUGUUCGUGUUAACUACUUAAACCUGUACUGUGAGGAAAGAACUGAAUCUUACAUGCAUUUUUCGGGUCAUUAGUUGCGACACAAAAAUCUUGGAGCUGGGUAGGAUCAGUGGCAUAUGCAACACAGAAAAUUAGAGCUACAAGGGUUAAGUAUGCAUACAAUCUGUAAGAUGCCAUGGUUUCCAAUCCGUUAUAAUGGGUUUGGGAAGUUGUACUUUACUUGUGAGUUGUGGACUUAUGGUGGUUCUUAAGCAUGGGAAAGGUCCCUUUUUAUAGUUUUAGGUGCCGCACAUUUUUGGAGUUGAAUUGGUCACGUUAGCUAAGUCAUACUUUGUGUUAUUGCAGGUUUACUUUUGCUUUUAGCAGGUGAUGACUUGGUAUUACGACAACCAAAUAGAAUUAGAACUUAUAAGUGUUUGUUUAGCUAAGCACUGUAAUCAUCAUAGGAAAAUGUCAACUGGUAACUAGAAGUAAAAUAUGUCCUUUCCUUUGCCAAAUUUUUAUUUACAAGUGAUGUAUAAUAAAUAUUCUACAACGGACUGAAAGUUAACUUAAAAUGCUUAAAAGUUAUCUCUA